AUGAAAGAGAACCGACGCCCCGGCGGCGGCUACGAUCUUCCCGUUAACGGCUGGGAUAAACUGUCGAAGAAUGAGCGAACCCAGCCCGGAGAAAGACUGAAGGCCCAACAACGAGCCCUGGCCCAGAGUUCUACGGCUUGUUCCCGUCCGCUCGAUCUCGACAAGCUCGACGCACGUCUACGUGACGUAUCCGAGAGCAGCGGUGCCUUGCCGCAAGCUCGAACACGAUUCUUUGAGAGAUCAGGUAACACUACUCCGGGCCUCGACGACGAUGUUGUGUGCAGAGAGAUCGAGUCUGAGGCUUACAGUGACCUUGUCAAUGAUGGUGGUCGCCCAUUAUACCCGAUAGAUCUCCUUGGGCAGGUUUCUAGGGCCGCAGAGGAGUAUCGCGAGAUGCUGCGGCCUUGGCAAAACCCUCUUGAAGCAAGGAAGCCCUGGGAGGUGUUCCACAGGCAGUUGAGGAGGUGGCGGGAUUUCCGCAAAUGGCAAAACGAUAACCGGGGUCUUGAAGAAGAUGAUGGCGGCUUCCCAUCGUAUGUCGAGCGGACAAAACUUGAGGAAAGAAAAUGGGCAUGGGAACUUGAGCAAGCGCAACGGCAACGGCAGCGAUACUUUUGCAGAGAACAUGGGUGUGACGGGUUCCCUGACUACGUGGAGGCGGUGAGGCGCCGCCUAGCACAACACAACUUCACUCGGCCGUUCCAACUGCACGAAGAUCCUACGCAACAGGACAAGUUAACGACAUGGAUCGAAUACCUCAACUUCGAGUGCUGGUGGCUCGACCGGUAUACUAGGACUAUCCAGCGCCUGAAGCCAGAUCACGACAAGGCCUGGCAAGACCUUGUGGACCUGAAGGUGUUGCGACCUGGUGAGACCAAUGAGUCCAUACGCACCGACGCAUCUGCGAUGCGGGGGGAGGCAGAAAAGGAACAGGCCAAGAACGCGGUGCAGAGGGCGAAAUCGGAGGCCCUAAGGGUCUACACCCUGACGCAGAAGGAACCAGGGCGCUCGCGCUUCUCCAGGUCGACGCAUAUCGAUGAUAGACGAUGCUACGGCCAAAUUGUUUUCGGCAAAAGAUCGGUUGGAGUCGCUCAAAAGACGAGGGAUGCUGCCCGCCACACCAUUCUCCUGCAAUGGGUCCUGGAGCAAGCUCCCUUGAUCGAGGCCGAGAUGACCAAGCGCGAGACGGACAAGACCGGGCCCGAUGGAGCCACGAGGAAAAAGAGGCUCGCCACUGACGAAGACCACGAGGAGAAGCGAAGCCUCAAAAAGCAGAAACUCGAAACAUCGGGAGUUGGCCUCGACAUCAGGCAGCAGCACAGACGUCCUGGCAGAGACCAGGGAGACGCCCAGAGGUGUAGUUCGGUCAGUAGAUACCUCUCGGACAAUGUCUCCAGGACCUCGUCGCAGCGCACGUCUUGCGGCGUGCCGAAAUGCUCCUGCGAUGACCCUCGCACCCCAAACUUCUCGACUAGGGUCCCUCUCGAGGUCACACGCGAAGCCUGGGGGACUGCCAAUGCCUCUUCCAUCUGCAGAAGACACAAAACCCUCGACGGCGACGAAGAGAGGACUCAAGAGCCGCGGCGCAUUGGACGCGUCCAAACCAAAAGGGGUGUCAAAGAAGAAUCGGCCUAG